UUUAAAACACAACCCUUACUUAAAUGUAUGCGAGAAUAUGGAGUGUUACUUUAUUUGUAACCCUUACAAAUCCAUUUCAUAUAAUUACAAUAAAUGACAUUUUUAAAAUAUAUCUCAUACGUUAAUAGUUUUUUAUAUUAAAUAAUUAACAUAGCUAAUUUUUACAAAAAUCCAAAUAUUGCAAAAUAAAAAAUAAAAAAAAAAGUUUUAAAUACAAAAGAACCCAACUUGAUUUAUUUUAUCAUCACAUGCAUACACUUUGGCAUUGAAUCCUAAGUGACUUGAUGCACUAGUCUCCCUACCACGCACCCCUAACCUCUUUGCUUCUCACCAAAGUCUAUGUCUCUCUCAUUCUCCCUUAUAUUAUAUAUAUCGUCAACUCAAAUCACCUCCAUCAACACAACAUCAAAGAAAAUACAAACAAAACUCCAAAUCACUUGAAUCAAAAUAUGUUGGAUUGGGGUCCAGUUUUCGUGUCAGUGGUUCUCUUUGUAUUGUUCACGCCAGGAUUGCUGUUUCAGUUGCCUGGCCACAGGCAUUGCGUGGAGUUUGGCAGUUUUCAGACCAGUGGAGCUGCAAUCCUGAUGCAUUCGUUGCUCUACUUCGGCUUCAUCUGCCUUUUUUUAUUCGCUGUUAAGAUCCAUCUCUACGUUAGCUAGAAAGAUGAUUCUAGUGAUUUUGUCAUGUUGUAUGUUGAACUUUCUAAAUUCUAAUUUCUAUGCAUUUGCUUUUAUUUGAAUGAAAAAGAUAGCAUGAUAUUAUAAUCGCUUAGCUUGGGGUGAUUUAUAUAUUAUUUUUGAAAAUUUGAUAACCGUUGAAAUAAAUAAUAAACUACAUUUUGGACAUUUUAUUCUCAAAAACGCGCGAAAGAGUGUUUUGGGAUACAAUUUUGGAAAAACUAAAGCUUCGACAUUUUAUUUCAAAUAAGUUUUUUUUUUUAAUUUAUUUGGUGCUAAGCAUUAGAAAUUGAAAAAACAAAUCUAAAUCAAUUUAUAAAUUUGGUUAUAAUG